AUGAGGAAUAGAGCACUUUUCCUUCAGUUGAUGUUUGCCACUACUUAUCUGUCUGUUCCUGGCUUGUCUAGCGCUGAAAAAGCAGGAGAUAAGCAGUCGGACGACAGCACCGAAGGAGGGUGGUUGGCAUGUGACGGCAGCGAACUCGAGGCGUGCCAUUGUGAGCAGGAGGAGAUCAACUGCGAUAACGUUGUCUUCAAAGAUGAGAGCCCUCUCAGCACAGCUAACCUUGAUAUUAACAACAAAACGUUCCGUGUUGAGAGAGCGACAUUCCGGGAGAACUCCAUUACUAGUCUUCGUCAGGGCAGAAUAAUACCAGGACACCAAGGAACUGUCCGAGAACUCGAUUUUUCGCACAAUCGUAUCGUAUACAUUGAGAGCGGGACGUUUUCGUCAUUUCGAGCAUUGAAGAAACUCUAUUUGACUGGCAAUAAACUCAAUCAAUUGAAAAAAGAUCAAUUCCUCGGAUUGAGCGAAUUGCAUCAGCUCUUCUUGGACAAUAACAGGAUAACAUCACUUCAAGAUGGCGUGUUCGAGCAUCUCACGAAUCUUCGUCGGCUUGUGCUCGAUGAAAACAAAGUCAAAAUCAGGAAGGAUUUGUUCAAGGGUUUAGAGUCUCUGGAAGAGCUGAGCCUGGACAACUGUGAUAUCAAGGAGUUGGAUGUCGACGUCUUCGACGCAAUA